CUUGACGAUUCAAUUAAAUGCACUUAUUUAAACAAAUUCACUCAAAAUAAUAUAUAAUUUUAAUAUUAUGAUGAUAAUAAUAAAGCAAAUACAAGUUUCUAUACAAAUAUGAUAGAAUAAUAAUUCAAUAGGAAUUCUUCCAAAAUGUGUAGAAAGUAUUUGAUAUCAUCUAACUGCAAAGUUAUAAAUUAAGAUAUUUUAAAUUCAAAAUUUACAGUACUCAUUAUUCAUAAUUAAACUUCAUCUACUUGAGCGGAUUGUGUUUUACUAUUUGGUUUGAAUAAUACUAACAAAGCUUAUUAAACUGUCAUAACAAAUGAUUUUAAUUUAAAUCUAAAAAUACCCAAAGCGAGAAAAGAUAAUAUAAAGAGAGAAUGUCGCACUUUACAUCAGUCAUUUUAUUACUGCUGGUAUAAUAGGUAGUAAACGUCAAGUUAUUUUUAGUUUUAAAAUUUUAGGUCGAUUUAUUUACAAUAAAUGAGAAAAGUGAGGUUUUUACAGAUUGUGUAAUAUUUUGAAAAAAAUAUAUUUCAUCUGUAUUGAACAGUAACUAGUAUGUCAAAAUGGACACAACCAAAGAAACGUAUAAUCCGAACCCCAGAGACAGUUCAAAUUUAUUCUCCACACUUUUUUUCGGAUGCAGAUAUGGACGAAGAUCGCAAAAGAUUAAUCCAAAUAACAAUUUUUCUAAUAGCUAUUAACGACCAAUAAAAAUGCAUCUUGAUACAAGGGAUAACUUUAAGGGGAGAUCAUAUUUUUGAUUUUACAGAUUCACAUAUCCAAUUUUCAAGAAAGGAAUGAGAAAAGAUUUUGACAUUGAAGAUUUGUAUAAUCCUCUCAAGAAUGACAGAAGUACACUAUUGGGCGACACCUUGGAAAGAAACUGGAAGGCACAGAAUACAAAAUCCAAUAAUAAGAAACCAAGUCUUUUGGGAUCCAUAUGGAACACAUUCUGGUUAGAAUACCUUCGAUUAGGUUUCCUAACAUUCCUAGGAGAUGUGGUUAUGAAAAUCAGCCAACCUUAUAUCCUUGGGUUGCUACUAAAUUAUUACAAUCCGAAUUCCACAACUACCAAAGAACAGGCUUUAAGCUACGCGGGAUUGAUAGUAGUAUUAAAUACUGUAACGUCUUUUAUCAAGAAUCAGUACACAAUGAACUCGAUGCAUUCUGGGAUGAGAGCUAGAGUUUCUGUCUCAGCAUUAAUCUAUCGCAAAGCUUUAAAACUCAGCAAGACAGCCAUUGGAAACAACUCAGUCGGUAAAAUAGUAAAUCUUUUAUCGAACGACGUCAACAGAUUUGACACAGCAGCCACAUUGGUGCAUCAACUAUGGAUAGGUCCUCUUUCAGCCCUCAUCAUCAUGAUUAUAAUUUAUCAAGACAUAGGAUGGUCAGGUGCACCUGGUGUAGUCAGCAUUGUUGUUAUAAUGCCUUUACAAAUAUAUAUUGGUAAAUUGUCAGCCAAAUACAGAAGAUUAACGGCUUUUCAAACAGAUGAAAGGAUCAGACUAAUGGAUGAAGUUAUAAGUGGCAUUCAAGUUAUAAAAAUGUACGCUUGGGAAAAACCCUUUACGAAAUUAAUAGCCUUUGCUAGAAGAGCAGAAAUAAAUAUUAUUAAAAGAGGCCAAUACGUAAGAGGGAUAUUCAUGGCCUUUAAUUUGUUCAAUAAUAGAUUUGCUCUGUUCGCUACUUUGGCUACAAUGGUGUUCACUGAUAAAGCUAUCACAGCAGCAAGGGUUUACGUAUUCAUGUCCUACUACCAAAUUUUAGCCCAAACUUUAGCAGGAGUCUUUGUGAGUGGAUUGACUCAAUUCGCAGAACUUUUGGUAUCAGUUAAAAGAAUUCAAGAUUUUCUGGAAAAUGAAGAACAUCAACAUCCUCCAAUUUUAAAUAGAUUAACCAGCUCGAUUAUGUCUGAUGAUAAGAUUGAUUUAAAUAAUGUUACAGCAUCUUACGACAGGAAUGCCACUGAAACAAUACUGAAAAAGAUAAACGUAAAAGUUGGAACUAAUUGUCUGCUUGGUAUCAUAGGACCCGUUGGUAGUGGAAAGAGUUCAUUACUUCAAACAAUUUUAGGAGAACUAGACAUUAUUGAAGGCUCUGUGGCUGUUAAUGGCAUAAUCUCAUAUGCUUCCCAAGAACCAUGGAUAUUCUCAGCCAGUAUCAGACAGAAUAUACUAUUCGGAUCAGCCUUUGACAAACAAAGAUACGAUGAAGUCAUUCGCGUUUGUGCACUCCAAAAAGAUCUUGACCAAUUUCGUAAUCGCGAUUUCACCCUUAUAGGAGAAAAAGGUGCAAAUCUAAGUGGCGGGCAGAAAGCUCGAGUAAAUUUAGCUAGAGCUAUAUACAAGGAAGCUGAUAUUUAUUUAUUGGAUGAUCCUCUAUCUGCAGUGGACAUUAUUGUAUCCAAGGUGUUGUAUGAAGAUUGUAUAAAUGGAUUUUUAGCUGAUAAAGCUAGAAUAUUGGUCACACAUCAAGUGCACUAUUUGAAGACGGCUGAUCAUGUUGUUGUCCUUAACAAUGGUCGCAUAGAGAUUGAAGGCAAUUAUUCUGAUCUAGUCAAAAGUAACAAUCCGUUAACAAUCCAUCUAACCGAAGAAGCUGAUGAAUUCAUCAAACGCCAACUAUCAUUAUCUGAAUCUUUACACGAAGAACAGGAGAAACAAAUGAAAGAAAAUAGCGUUGUUAAAGAUUUAUCUAGAGAAAUGCAAGAGAAAACGUCUAAAGGAACUGUUAAAGGAUCUUUAUUACUUCAGUAUAUCCAAUCUGGAAUGAAUGUAUUCGAAAUAAUCUUCCUUUUGACUUUAAUGAGUGUAGCUCAAGGUGCGGCUACUUUAAACGAUUGGUUUAUAAGUCUUUGGACCAAUAUUGAGGAGAGUAAAAAUACAAAUAAUAUUACUAUUAGAGUUGGUCAAGAAGAUGAACCGUUUUAUAUGUCUUGGACUAGUAAUACUUGCCUGAUUGUCUAUGGAGUUAUAUUGGGAUUUUGCUUGGUUACCACAGUGUCUAGAUCGCUUCUGUUUUAUAAGUUUAUUAUGGCUUGUGCAGAGUCAUUACAUGCCAUGAUUUAUAAUGGAAUCACCAGUACUUACAUGAGAUUUUUUGAUAAAAAUCCAAGUGGAAGAAUUUUAAACAGGUUCUCUAAAGAUAUUGGUACCGUGGAUGAAAGUUUACCUAUGAUGUUAUUCAAUUCGUCACGGAUUUUCCUUAAAAUGCUCGGCCAUUUGAUUCUGGUCCUUUAUGUAAAUCCAUACACCAUAAUAGUGGUUAUUGUUCUGAGUAUCCUGUUUUCUUUUAUUAGAAAUAUUUAUUUGAGAUCUUCAACUAAUAUCAAGAGACUUGAAGGACGCAUGAAAAGUCCAGUUUUCAACCACCUAACAGCGACAUUGCAAGGUUUAACAACUAUACGAGCAUUCAAGGCUGAAGACAUACUUCGAGAUGAUUUUGACAGACAUCAAGAUUACCACACGAGCGCGUGGUUUAUGUUUAUUAGCAUAAGUUCGGCGUUUGGAUUUGCACUCGAUUUUAUUUGUCUAAUGUUCAUUGGCUUCUUAACGUUUAGUUUGAUAGGACUGGGAGAGUAUUUUGAUCUGACAGGAGGAGACGUAGGUCUCGCAAUCAAUCAAGCUUCUGCUCUAACACAAAACAUUCAGUUUCUGGUACGUUUCUCUGCUGACAUUUCGAAUCAGCUAAUGUCAGUUGAAAGGAUAUUGGAAUAUAAAGGAUUACAACCGGAACUUCAACCAGCACAACCUUUAAAUCCUGAUAAAACUUGGCCCGACUAUGGUAACAUCGAAAUAAAUAAUUUGGUCAUGAGAUAUAAUGAUGAUGGACCAAAAGUUUUGAAAAACGUGACUGUGAAAAUUCAUUCGAAAGAAAAGAUUGGCAUCGUUGGCAGAACAGGUGCAGGAAAAUCCUCACUGAUAGCAGCCCUAUUCAGACUAUCCGAAAUUGAUGGCAAAAUUCAAAUAGACGGGAUAAACACAAAAGAUAUCACAUUGGAAAAAUUGCGAUCCAAAAUAUCCAUCAUUCCUCAGGAUCCAAUACUAUUUUCAGGAACUCUUAGAUACAAUCUCGAUCCAUUCGAUGAAUUCAAAGACGAUACUUUGUAUAUGGCGCUGAACGAAGUUGAACUUAAUGAUACUAAUAAUGUUAUAAACAGAUUGGAGAAUCGAGUUAUGGAUAGAGGUUCGAACUACAGUGUCGGACAAAGGCAGUUGAUCUGUUUAGCGAGAGCUAUUAUAAGAAAUAAUAAGAUUUUGGUGUUGGACGAGGCUACUGCCAAUGUGGAUCCUCAGACUGAUGCAUUAAUCCAGAAAACAAUACGUGAGAAGUUUGCAGAGUGUACGGUCCUGACCGUGGCUCAUCGGUUGAACACUAUCAUCGAUUCAGAUAAAAUUUUGGCAUUGGACAACGGCGAGGUUAUAGAAUACGACCAUCCAUACUUUCUUCUUCAAAACAAAAAUGGAGUAUUACGUAAGAUGGUGGAGGAAACAGGUCAAGCCACGUUGAGGUUAUUCGAAGAGGUGUCAAGUUCAAAUUACCAAAAAAUGCAAAAUUGA